ACAUAGAACAAUAAACGCACGUCUCGAUCGGAGACGUUCACGUUUUCUCCUUGUGCUUUAACACUCAUCUCAACGCUGCUCUAAUCGUAUCUCUAGAUUUACGUGCGCACCGGUGCGUAGCGCGCAUCCGCAUCACCGGUGAAUUCCUCCGGCAAACGAGACCGAACGCGCGUUCAUUCAUUCCCCGUCUGUCCGCGUCAGGCCACCGGCGUCAACAUGAGCCAGAGGUUUACUGUGACCGCCGGUGACAUCCAGGGGGAAGUGAACCAGCUGUUCGAAGGGGAUGAGCCGACACCGGGCGCAUCCGCGCAGACACCGGGCGCAGACGCUAAAGCGGUUAACAUCACCUGUCCACCCAAGAAAGGAGAUUCGAACCCCAAAGAGAGCAGCCCGUUCAUCAACAGCACCGAUGCCGAGAAGAGCCAACAGUAUGACGGCAAGAACAUGGCCCUGUUCGAGGAGGAGAUGGACACAAUUCCCAUGGUGUCGUCUCUUCUCAGCAGUCUGGCCAACUACUCCAACCUCACCCAGGGCAGUAAAGAACACGAGGAGGCAGAGAACAACGAGGGCUCACGGAAGAAACCCGUCAAGGCUCCGCGGAUGGGUACACUGAUGGGCGUCUAUCUGCCCUGUCUGCAGAACAUUCUGGGAGUCAUUCUGUUUCUGAGGAUGACCUGGAUGGUGGGCAUCGGAGGGGUCAUCGAAGCUUUCGUCAUUGUCCUCAUGUGUUGCUCCACGACGAUGCUCACGGCGAUCUCCAUGAGUGCUAUCGCCACCAACGGCGUCGUACCUGCUGGAGGUUCAUAUUAUAUGAUCUCUCGGUCUCUGGGUCCUGAGUUUGGCGGAGCCGUCGGGAUCUGUUUCUAUCUGGGCACCACAUACGCUGGAGCCAUGUACAUCCUCGGAUGCAUUGAGAUCUUACUGAUAUAUAUCGUACCACAAGCGGCCAUAUUUAAGAUUGAGGGUCUGGAGGGUCUGGAGGCGGAGACGGCCAUGCUCAACAACAUGCGUGUUUAUGGCACGUUGGUGUUGACCUUCAUGGCUAUCUUGGUGUUUGUAGGAGUGAAGUAUGUCAACAAGCUGGCACUCGUCUUCCUGGCCUGUGUCAUCUGUUCCAUUCUCGCCGUCUACGCUGGAGUGAUCAAAACAGCCUUCGAGCCCCCCGUCUUUCCGGUGUGUGUGCUGGGAAACCGGACUCUGGUUUGGAAAGGCUUCGAUGUGUGUGCCAAAGUCAUCGAGAGCGAAAACACGACUGUCACCACCAAACUCUGGAGCCUCUUCUGCGAUUCUGAGUUUCUGAACGCAACCUGCGACUCUUAUUUCACCAACAACAACGUCACGGAGAUCCAGGGCAUUCCAGGGGUCACCAGCGGCAUUCUGUGGGAGAAUCUCUUUGGGAAUUACAUGGAAAAGGGGUCUUUCAUUGAGAAGACUGGACUCUCUUCUGUUAUGGAUGCAGAAUCCGUUCCCACCAACACCAACCGUUACGUUCUGGCAGAUAUCACUUCCUUCUUCACAAUGCUGGUGGGGAUUUACUUCCCGUCUGUAACAGGUAUCAUGGCUGGAUCAAACCGUUCUGGUGACCUGCGUGACGCUCAGAAGUCCAUUCCCAUCGGCACCAUACUGGCCAUCACCACAACCUCCAUCAUCUAUAUGUCCAGUGUGUUGUUGUUUGGUUCUUGUAUUGAAGGAGCAGUUCUGAGGGAUAAGUUCGGUGAGGCUGUCAAAGGGAAUCUGGUUAUUGGGACGCUGGCGUGGCCGUCGCCGUGGGUCAUCGUCUUCGGUUCUUUCUUCUCCACCUGCGGGGCGGGGCUUCAGAGUUUGACUGGCGCUCCUCGUCUUCUACAGGCCAUAGCUCGAGAUGGCAUAGUGCCCUUUUUGAGAGUGUUUGGUCACGGGAAAGCAAACGGAGAGCCCACCUGGGCGCUGCUGCUGACCGCUUGUAUCUGUGAGAGUGGAAUCCUCAUCGCCUCGUUAGAUUCCGUCGCUCCCAUUCUCUCUAUGUUUUUUCUCAUGUGCUACAUGUUUGUGAAUUUGGCCUGCGCUGUUCAGACUCUGCUCAGAACGCCCAACUGGAGACCGCGCUUCAAGUUUUAUCACUGGACUCUGUCUUUCCUCGGCAUGAGUCUGUGUCUGUCGCUCAUGUUCAUCUGUUCCUGGUACUACGCCAUUGUUGCCAUGGUGAUCGCCAGCUGUAUCUACAAGUAUAUCGAGUUCUGUGGGGCGGAGAAGGAAUGGGGUGAUGGAAUUAGAGGGCUGUCCCUCAGUGCCGCCCGAUAUGCCCUCAUGAGGUUAGAAGAAGGACCUCCACACACCAAAAACUGGAGACCUCAGAUCUUAGUUCUGGUCAGUAUGGACUCUGAGCUGAACGUGGAACAGCCUCGUCUGCUCUCUCUGACCAAUCAGCUGAAGGCCGGGAAGGGUUUGACCAUCGUGGGAACGGCGCUGGUGGGAACGUACCUGGACAACUUUCCUCAGAGCCAAGAGGCUGAACAGUCUCUGAGGAAACUGAUGGAGACAGAGAAGGUUAAAGGCUUCAGUCAGGUGGUGAUUUCCUCCAACUUGAGAGACGCCACCUCACAUCUGCUUCAGGCCGGAGGUUUGGGUGGUCUUCAACACAACACGGUUCUGGCCAGCUGGCCACGGAACUGGAAACAGACCGAGGACCAUCAGAGCUGGAGAAACUUCAUCGAGUUGGUGAGAGAGACCACCGCGGCCAGUAAAGCUCUCCUCGUGCCCAAGAACAUCUCGGCGUUCCCGUCGAACGGAGAGAGAUUCACUGAGGGUCACAUUGACGUCUGGUGGAUCGUUCAUGAUGGAGGAAUGCUGAUGUUGUUACCUUUCCUCCUCCGCCAGCACAAGGUGUGGAGAAAGUGUAAGAUGCGUAUCUUCACCGUGGCUCAGAUGGAUGAUAACAGCAUUCAGAUGAAGAGAGAUCUCACCACGUUCCUCUAUCAUCUGCGUAUAGAUGCCGCUGUGGAGGUGGUGGAGAUGCAUGACAGUGAUAUAUCAGCGUACACGUAUGAGAAAACUCUGGUGAUGGAGCAGCGUUCUGAGAUCCUCAGACAGAUCAACCUCACUAAGAACGAGCGCGAGCGAGAGAUUCAGAGCAUCGCUGAUAGCUCUCGCGGAUCGAUCCGCCGUAAGAACCCGGCCGCUGUCAACACCCAGCUGAGCGUGACCGAGGAGCCGGCGGCCAGCAGCAAAGACCAGAAAACAGAAGAAGAGGAGCAACUCAUUCAUGACAAGAGUACCAACCCCCCCACCCCAGCCACCCCGCAGUCUCCCACCGCAGAGGCCGAGACCCCCGGUACGGCCGUUCAGAUGACCUGGACUGAGACCAAGUGUGAUGGAGAAAAAGCCAAGCCGAUGGGAGCCACCACACCAGAGGCCAUUAAAGAUUUAUUCAACAUGAAACCUGAGUGGGAGAAUCUAAACCAGUCCAACGUCAGACGCAUGCACACUGCGCUCAGACUGAAUGAAGUCAUUGUUAAAAAAUCCCAGGAAGCCAAACUGGUCCUGCUCAACAUGCCCGGACCGCCCAAAAACAAAACCGGAGAUGAGAACUACAUGGAAUUCCUGGAGGUUUUAACAGAAGGUCUCAAUCGGGUCCUCCUCGUGCGCGGCGGAGGUCGUGAAGUCAUCACCAUCUACUCUUAGGAAACUAGCGUCACCGCACCCCAUAUUCCUCCUGUUUUUAACCCUUCUUUCCGCAACUGCCCCACUGUGACCCGAGCAAUAUCCCAGAAUUCCCUUCGGUCAGUCUCAAGCACAGCUUCUUCUCAUGCAGUCUCGUGUGACCGCUCGACUCAUCUCUUCCGUCGUCCUCACGCUUCACUGUUUUCCAUCCGCCGAUCACUACUCUCAUCCAAUCAGGAGACGUGGGUGGGUUCAACUUUCUUCGUUGUUGUUUUGUUUCUCAUUGUUUUGAGGACGCAGUGCAGAACAAGCGAGGCUCGAUGAAGAUGGAUUCACAGACGCAUGAGUGUCAGAGAUGCUGUGGAACAUUUCUGCCGGGGUUGAGACUGAGGCAACCUCAGCAAAACUUGACCGAAACAACAAAUGUGAUCGACAUCAAUGUGAAAUUAACCCUGCUUACUUUCUUAAUGCACAUGUCUGCUGUAAUUGUUAUUGAUUCAUAGCCGCAUGUCAUUCCAAAAGAAAACAAACCUUCAUUUCGUUCUUCUCGCUCCCCUCCGAACACCUGCCACGCUUCACAAUCUGACCUGAUGGAUCACAUCCCACCCGCCGUUUCCCCUUCACUCUGAACGAUGUCACGUUACGGAAGUCAAACGGGUCCGCGAAUGCCAUUUCGUGAUGACUAUGAAGUCGAGUCUCUCUGUCUGCCUUUGUUUACUCUCAUCCUCCUCCAUCUUUGCGUUUGUUUGUGUUGGUUUUUAAGUGGCUAGCUAUUCCCCUGCCAACUACAGUCACAUGUGCCAAUGCUGCGCGUCUCGCCGUCAGACGACAGCCGAGCAAUGAACAAGAGCCGUCUAUCCACACUGUAAUUAUUUUGAAUAAUUACUGAAAGAAAAAAAACGUGGAUUGGUGUAAAUAGGCAUUAUUAGAUGUUGGUGUAGUAUUUUUAUUGUGAAGCUUCUGGUGUAAUCUGACAGGGUGUUUUGAAGGCUACAGGUUUCUCAUUAUGGUUGCUUGACGUGUACUGUACUCUACCGUACGGUAACAAACCCCAACAAGCACUCAACCUGCACUGACAGCCACUGUGUAACAAAUGAUUUCAUGAGUCGACAGAUUCAUUGAACGAACGUGUGUGUGUGUGUGUGUGUGCGUGUGUGUGUGCAUGAAUGACUAAAGUUGUGUUCUUGAGUGUUAGUUAGACAUGUUUUCCUGUUUUGCGAAAUUGUCGGCGUUUGCUCGUUUACAGAGAAAUCUAUUAUCUAUAAAUGAUCUAUAUCGUAGCCAAAAUCUAUAUACAUUUAUUCAAUUGUCUAUCAAAUUUAAAGUAUUCUAGUAUCUGAUUGUAUUGCCAAAUGUCGAUUUCACUUGUGCCACAUCAACGAAAAUGUAAAAUUGUGUUACACCGUGUCUACACCGGAUGCUGCACGACGCGAUAAGAGACAAUAGAACGCAUUAGAACCCAUUAUAAUUUUAAGUUUUGUCCAUACCGGACGUGGCGCGAUGCGGCGCGACAAUCCGAUUAGAACAAGCCGUGUGUCGCGUCGCGCCACGUCCGGUGUAGACACGGUGUUAGAAUUCAAUAGAAUUCAAACAUUGACGUAUUCACUUAGAAGUGCAAUAUUAUGCUGUCUUCAUUUUCUGUCAGAAUUACCGAAUCACUCAAUUGGUUUCAUAUUUUGCAGUGUUAUUUUAGUUCUUUUAUAUAUUAUAACAAUAUUAUAUAUUAUAACAAAGAAUCGUAUCUGAAUCACAGAAUGUUAGCAGAUUAAACAGAGCAAAAUCGUAUUUUGUUAUGACGGUAAUUCUGACACAAAUUUAACGCAGCAAUAGAUUGAGUUGUUUUUAAAGAAAAAAUGCAAAGAUUUUAAAGCUAACACCUAUAAUCUAAACUCUAUAUGCAGUUCUGUAAUACACACAGAAAAUCAAAAUUAUUUCGCCAAAUUGGUUCCUUGAAAUCAUACUUAGUCUUCAUUUUGGCUGAAAUAAAUCGAGUUCUGGAGGCCAGAAAGUAUUUUUGCACGGGUAAAUGUGCAAUUGGGAAAUCACAUUGCAUUAUUUAUUUUUGUAGAGGUACAAAUGAUUUUAUACAUUUUCUUUUUCCAUAGUUUCAACAGCAGAAAUACCAUCAACCAUACAUAUACAUGAUAAAUAUUUAUCGUUAUUCAUAUAUAACUUAAAUCGCAUAUACAGUAGUUUACAAAAUGACAGAUUGAUAGUUUACAUUUAAAGCUCAUAGGAUAUGAAUGCUGCUGCUAUGUAUGAUUAGAUCGGAUUGUGCGUGGACAUAGAGCGAAAGAUAUUUAAAUAUUUAAAGGUAUAUUUACACGGUAAUUGGGGGGAGGGGUUAAUGCUGAAGAACGCACCUGUACGGCCCUUUGCAUCAAAAACGAGCCUUAUAAUCAACUUUAUUUCAGAGUUGUUUUUUGGAUAACGUUCACAAACAGCACACUCGAUCCAAACAUAACCACGCAUUAAAGCAUUUUAACGAAAUACUACCUGCAUAGACUGAGCCUCAGAUGAUGUUUCGAGAAUAAACGACACUUCGUUCGUUCAGAGAUGUUUUCAACUCAUUUGCAUACGAUCGUUUUUCUCCUGUUUGCAUGGUGUUGUGUUGGAGAAUUAGUUGUAGGUGAAAUUUAUCGAGAUGUAAGUUAAAGGGCAGUUUAUGACAAAAUGUCAACGCAGACCGUUUCAGACUGUUGCCGCUAUCGACUCUGUAUGUAGCGUUUUCACGUGUGGUGGUUCGGUACUCGUAGAUCAUGUCGGUUAGAUUAGCGGGAUAUUCGGUGUGUGAUGCCAGUUGUCGUCUAUUUUUGUUUUGUUUUUUCCUUUGUAUAUAAUAUCGAUGUUGAGAUGCUGUAGCAGCGGAUUUUCCUUCCCUGUUGCGUUAGUUAGUACACCGAAAAAAAAUGCUCCACACUUUUUUCACCGGUAACGUGCAAUAUUGAUUUCGAUUUAAAGUAGUGCGUACGGCAUAUUUAAAUUGACAUUUUAAGUUGCCGCUUCGCUCACAAUUCAGCUUCUCUCAGAAUCGUCCUGACACGUAGUUCAUCAGUGUGCAAGAGAAGUGUGUGUCACAUCUGUUCUAUGGUGGCUGAGAUAGAAAUGCACUUUAAACAGACUUACAGAGUUAAUUACGAUCCAGCGUGACGAAACAUUUCAGCGCUGAUGCCUCCAGUGGCAGACGUGUGUACUGCAGUCACUUACACCAUUGAUCUCUUAACCCUGUUCUUGGAUCCGUGUAUGGGGAGCAUGGAUGGAAACUUCUGAUUUAGAGGUUUUGCCGACCGAACACGUUUGUUUGCUGCGGUAAAAUGACUACCUGAACAUAUUGAUUUUAUGAUGCUGUCGGUGUGUGUAUGCUGUUUAUUUGGCAUGAGAUUCUAGCAUUUCGUUGAACAAAAAUAAGAGUAUAUGUAGAUGUAAAAAACGAGAAAAAGAAGAUAUAUUUCUAAUACAACACAUUGAAUCGAUGUUUCAAUCAUUUCCCGUCCUUCCUGACCUCACGUCAUCAUUUCACAUCUUUGAGCACUGUACUGAAAUGUGAUCACCGUAUAAAUCCCAUCAUAUGAAUAUGAAUUAAAGAUAAUAAACAAGCGCUUCCACUGCUGGCCUUGGCUCUAUUCAAACUGACGGCGUUUCUCUUCUCUUUAGUCAGUAUUACACGAUAAAACCCCGGGUUGUGUGUAGCAACUAGAGAAAUGGAGUUAAGGCGUUCUCUUACAAACAGACACAUGUUAGAAUACAAAAGGGCUCUGAAAACCGUCGACACGAAGACACUCCUCUUCUUAUUGAAAAAAAGUGAAGGUGAAAAGAUUGUGGAAUAACAAGAUGCCGAAUGGGUACAAAUGCAAUGCUCAGUGUGAGCCCCGCCUUCCAGUUAAAAUAGCCAAUCAUCACAGACUGAUGAUUAUCUGGGGGCGGAGCUCUCUGCAAAGUUUGGCGAGGUACUUCCAACUUUUGCGCGUGGCAGUAACGUUAGCUGGAAGAAGUGUUUCAUAGCAAAUGUUUGGUUCAGUUAAUGUCGGGUUUAGCUUGUAUUUGUUUUGAGAAACGUUCCAGUAACGGUGAUAGUAAAGGACUUGAGUUGUGUUGGUGAGCUCUUAGGGAUCCAUAUGUUGAAAACUUACACGUGAAUCAGUUCAAAUAGAGCCAGAAUCCAGACCUGUUGUCCUGUUCAACGCAUGCACAUUACCCUGAACAAGCUGAUAUCUAGAUAUAAAUAUAUAAUAUAUACAUAUAUAAAUAUUUCAGUGUUUUGUGAUGCACAGUAUUAUGUUGACGCCGGUUUAUUUGCGUUCUUUUCAUUGUAAAUGCGUUAUUUUUACCAGACGUUUGGUGUUCUUGGUGUUUCUUUAGACCCUUUCGUAUCUUAGCGUGAAUGCGUAUGGACUGAUGUAAAGGGGUCUAUUUUAACUAUAGUCUAGUUAGUUUAGCCAAGAAAAGAGACCGUUUUAUCACAAGUUAAUUUAUGAAAAGAAGAAUUUACCAAAGUAUAUUUGUGUUAACCUGGAAAUGUCUUUAGUGUAUUAAAAACUGUCAUUCUAAUGAAUUUAAAGGAAGCUUGAGGGGUUUGUUGUUUUGUAUACAAUCAUUUACAUUUUACACAUAUUCAUGCCUUAAACACACAAUCUGGCAGCUAUAUGUCAAGGGAUGUUUAACUAAAGUGCAGUGCUUAUGGUUGAUAACUUAUUUUUCCUAGAGUAACGUAACAGGAUAUAAUUAUACGUGAGAUAUUGAAAUGUCAUUUAAUGACUAGAUGAGCAUUCGUGCAUUACAUCUUCGACUCUAAAUGCAUUCUGUGGUGAUAUUAACCUGAAGUUUUCACGUGAUGACAUCAGCAGAGGUAAAAUGACUAACACAUCUGUGAAUUCAUUCAGGUCCCUCAGGCUUGUUUUUCAUUCAUUUGAGAUGAAACCAUUUUGUACUUGCAUUUGAAUGCAGUUGUGUUUGUGCGUGUUAUUUCAGUUUGUAUGUUUGUGUGCGUACAAUGACGUACACAUUGGGACCGUGGGAAAGGAUUGGGGGGUCCUUUAAAUAUAGCAGAAACAGUGUUGAGGUGUUUAUUCUUUGUGUCGGUGCAAGUUCAAUAUUUUAAAAAGAUAAAUGACGAGUAUUAUCUAUUAUUGUGUUUCAUGGUACAUGAAGAAAACAAUGUAGUUUUCUCUUACAUUUCCAAUGCUUUCUCUCUAUGGCUUCUGCAGAAUUCUCACUCCAUUUUAUAGAUUUGUCAGCACAAAAUGCAAUAAACUACUACCAUUUUAUUAUG